AUGAGCGCCGGUGAAACCAUUAAGUUAUACCCUGCUACUUCUAAACAGGCCGUGGAAGCCUCGUUUGUUCCUAACGGAAAGAUUAGCCCAGUCGUCCGUCGUUCAGUUGAACCUGUCGGACCCUUUUUCUUGGCUCAUGCUAGACGCCAAAUACAUGGCCGCACUUUCAGUGAAGAUGAGCGCUUAGAGAAGAAAGACGAAAAGAAGGAGGAAGUCAAGGAGGAAUCUGAGGAUGAGGAAGAAGACCCAGAUAUGCUCCGUGCCGACCCCAAAGAAUGGAAGCAACAAGAUCACUAUGCCGUUUUGGGUCUUUCCAAAUACCGUUACAAAGCUAACUUGGAACAAAUUAAGAAGGCUCAUUUGAAGAAGGUUUUGAAGCACCAUCCUGAUAAGAAGGCCGCUACCGGUAACAUCAAUGAUGAUUCUUUCUUCAAGUGUAUCCAGAAGGCCAACGAAAUUCUUACUGAUGCCACUAAGCGUCGUCAAUAUGAUUCCGUUGAUGAAAAUGCUGAAGUUGAGGCCCCAGAGUCCACUACCGAAGAAAACUUUUUCGAACUUUGGGCACCUGUUUUCGAUGCCGAGGCCAGAUUUUCCAAGAAGCAACCUGCUCCUGGUUUGGGAACUAUUGAAUCCCCUCGCCCUGAAGUUGAAAAAUUUUACAACUUCUGGUACAACUUUGACUCUUGGAGAACCUUUGAGUACUUGGACAAGGACAUUCCUGAUGAUGGUGAAUCUCGUGAUAACAAGCGUUAUCAAGAAAAGAAGAAUCGUUCCGAGCGUCAAAAGAACAAGGCUCGUGACAAUACUCGUCUCCGCCAAUUAGUAGACACCGCUUUGGCUUCUGAUCCCCGCAUCAAACUUUUCAAACAACAAGAGAAGGCUGCUAAGGAAGCCCGUAAGUGGGAACGCGAUGCCGGUGCUCGUGAAGCUGCUGCCGCUGCUCAAAAGAAAAAGGAAGAGGAGGAACGUCUUGCUGCCGAAGAAGCUUCUGCUAAGGCUACAGCUAGCGCUCAAAGCAAGAAGGCUAAGGAAGAUAAGAAGAAGACUCAAAAGCGUGAUAAGAAGAUAGUUAAGAACGCUUUGAAGGAUUUCAAUUACUUCAGCGAGACUGAUGUUCCUUCUCCUACUCAAGUCGAUACUGUCCUGAAGGAUACCGACGCUUUGAUGCCUAAGCUCGGUGAUGGUGAGCUUGCCACUUUUGCUGCUGACAUUUCUGCUCAAAAUGACGCUGGUGCCGCUGCUGUCAAAGGCGUUUUUGACAAGUAUGCCAAGAUGUUCAUUGAACGUGGUUCUUUGAAGGCCAGUGAAGUUGUUUUCUUUGGCAAGUAA